CGAGAAAGCCGUGCAUUCAAUGAGCGGACAGCACUUGGUGGGGAAGGGGAUUGCUGCACAAAGCGGUUCAUUGCAAAAUAACGAUGUCUCGAUAUCUGUUGCUUUCGAUUGGUGCUUCCAUUUUGUUGCUGAAGGUUGCAGAUGCAGUCGGUGAGGCUAGGCUCAUGCUGGACGAUCUGUCCCAAUAUUUUGAAGGCAAGGAUUAUUCAUCCAACCGUUAUGAGAGACUGUUGCGAUGUUUCAACAAAUGGAAUGAUACAGAUCUCAUUGUGGCCCAGGAUGCAUCAUUUGCUGCCUAUUACGAUGUGUGGCUAGCUGGGGGGAUUAGCUACGAAGAUCCUUGGGGCAACGUCGACAUUUAUUACGAGAGUGACCAGAACAAAACAGCCAUACUUGGUUCUGGGUUUCGUACCUAUGAGGUCCAACAGAGAUGCAACUAUGCAUCCAAUGUUGCCUAUUACUCGGCUGCUCUAAGAGUAUGUGACUACCAGGAUUGGUUCAUCUCGCUAGAAGAACAAGCAGCUUUGAUGAAGACUGCCGUGGGGAUCACAUCGGCAUCUUCCUGGUUUCACGGGAGCUUGACCAGGACUGGCAUUAGAUACGACGUCAUGGGUGUAGGCAUUCUUGCAAACAAUGCCUACCAGAUUCUCAUCAAAAGUGUAAACACUUCGUCUUCGGUAUUCCUUACAGCCAGUGACUUGGACAUCUCCUCGUCCAAUAAUAUUGUUGAGAUUGUGGAUGAUUUUGUUUACCUUCCCUUGAGACAACCACCAGCACAAUGGGACACAUACUUAUCUGAUCGCCUCGCGAAUCGCGUAUCUCGACAAUACGAACAGACCGUAAUGGCCAUAUUGGCUUUUGCCUGCUCUGUAAGCCUUUCCAUUGAUAUCUGUGAGUGUUUGGUUAGCGAAACUCUUGCUCCCGUGGCUCUGGAUGACCGCGAGCUUGAGUUCUUCCGGGAGCAAUACAUGCCUGCACUCAAAGUUGUGGUGGAGCAGGAAGGCUUGCCUUUGCCAGCACGGCAAGGGAUUCCGCUAUUUUUCAAGACUUUUGGAACAACAGUUGCUUUGCUUUGGUCCGUUGUGUUUGUGGAAAUUGGCCUGGAUAUUCCAGAACUCUAUGGACCAACAUGGAACUUGACUCUUUUGGGACAGUUUUCCAGUCCAGUUGUAGAUUUCAUUGUCUCGGAAUUGACUGAUGUACCUGAAACUGAUCGGCUCAAGGAGCUGUAUCCAGGUGCCAGCUUCUGUCGUAGGGACAGCCCACAUGCGCUUUGGCAUGAACUUUCUGCCGAAGCAAUAUUUGAAACCUACGUGGUAAUGGAUGAGAUCAACCGUGUUUUGACCAAAAGAAAAGAGGGAGGGAAGCAAGGGUUGAUGGAAACUCUUCAAUCUGCAUUCAACAGCAUUCGAGGGGCAGGACGGCAUUGAUGAUAAGUUUUCAUUUUAAAAUUGAAUUUGAUGAAGUAACGAUUACACUACAAUCCACCGGCUUUAGUUGAUUUCGUUCUGUACCUGAAACUGAUGGGCUCAAGGAGCUGUAUCCAGGUGCCAGCUUCUGCCGCAGGGAC